CCCCUCCCGCAGACCCCUCCCCUCCCUCCCGCAACUGGACGGAGAAAGUUGCGAGCCGCUACCCGGGCUGCCUCCAAAAAUCUUGGGGUCCCCCCCAUUGCUUCCUUUGUCCAUGGGGCUGGGGGGUCCAGCCCAGCCAGACCCCUUCACCCCACUUGGGACCGGCUUGUGGGAGCGCCCCUAGUCCUCCUGGGGGCUGCUUCAUUUUUCUGGACUUGCCCAUUGUCCGCGGCGCGGGAUUAUUUCCGGACCAGCUAUUCCCGACCCAGGCCCUUUUCUGGGGAUCAAAGUGUCCCUGACGCGGAAGGUUUCCGGACCCACUGCUCUAGACCCAGGACUUUUCCGGAGCUCCGAGACGCCGGACAUUUUAGGGGAACCCAGCUCAAGGAAUUUCUCCAGAAUCAACUUUUUGCCAGACUCUGAAAGUUUUGGAGAAUUCGAUUUUGCUAGACGGACAGAGUUUAGCUCCACUGAUUUGCUAGAGUCGACAUUUGUAGGGAAACCUGACCCCCACCCCCUGCCCCCCAGAAACUUAUUUUUGAGAUUAUUUUUUCUAGAUUGGCAGGCAAAUCUGGGUUUGUUUUUUCCCCCUUGACUGGGGAGAAAUCUGGGUUAUUUUUCUAGUUUGGGGUGAGAUCGGGAUUUAAUAUUUCUAGAGGGGAAGAAAUCUCAGUUUAACUUUUCUGGAUCAGGAAGAAAUCCGGGCUUAAAUUUUCUGGAUCAGGGUGAAAUCUGGGUUUUUUCCUAUAUUGGGAAGAAAUCGGGUUUUUUCUAGAUAGGGGAGAAAUUGGGUUUAAUUUUUCUGGAUCAGAGUGAAAUCUGAGUUCAUUUUUUCUAGAUUGACGGUGAAAUUAGGGUUUGAUUUUUUCUAGCUUGGGGCGAAAUCUGGUUUUAUUUUUUUCCAGAUUGGGGAGAAAUCUAGGUUUGAUUUUUCUGGACCAGGGUGAAAUCUGGUUUUUUUCCCCGAAUCAGGGUGAAAUCUGGGUUUAUUUUUUUCUAGAUUCGAGAUAAAUUGGGCUUUAAUUUUUCUGGAUCAAAGUGAAAUCUGGGUUCAUUUUUUCUAGAUUGGCGGUGGAAUCAGGGUUUGAUUUUUUUCUAGAUUGGAGAGAAAUCUGAGUUCAUUUUUUCUGGAUCAGGGUGAAAUUGGGGAUUAAUUUUUCUAGAUUGGCGGUGAAAUCAGGGUUUGAUUUUUUCUAGUUUGGGGAAAAUCUGGGUUUAUUUUUUUUCUAGAUUGUGUAGAAAUCUCAGUUUAAUUUUUCUGGACCAGGGUGAAAGCUGGAUUUAUUUUUUUUGUAAAUGGGGGGGAAUCAGGGUUUACUUUUUCUGGAUCAGAGUGAAAUCUGGGGUCAUUGUUUUUAGAUUGGCAGUGAACUCUGGUGUUUUUUUUUCUUGGAUUGGGGCAGGGAAAACCAGGGUUUUUCUAGAGUUGGGGGAAUCAGGGAGUCAGACAAAUGUGAAGAGUUCAAACUUCCUAGACCAGGCCAAAAUGGAGGAUUAAAAGGUUUUGAGUUUAAGGGACAUUCUGGGGUUUCGAUUUUCGUAGACUGGGGAAAAAGUGAUUGUUUCCCUCUAGACGAGGAGAAGAUGGGGUGUCCAUUUUGUGCUUGACAAAAGGCAUUUGGGGGAUUCGUUCUUCCAGAUUAAAGACAUGGGGGGGGCUAAUCUGCUUGUUAGCCUAGGGAGAAUUUCCUCUAGAUUACCAAAAAUUGGGGAGGGAGGGAGUUGAUUUUUCCACACCAGAAAUUUAUUCACAGGUUAAUCUUUUCCAGACUCGGUCAUUUAUUAGGACGUAAAUAUUCUUGUGGGUCGAAUUUUCAGGCUAUCUGGGGGUAGCUGAGUCCUUCCAUAUAGCGGACAAUCUGGGGGAUUCAAUAUUCCCAGAUCAAGGCGGUUUCGGGGGCCAAGCUUUCCGGCCGAAGGGUUAUUUUUCUGGAGUAAAGUUUCCCCGAUUGGGAAUUUUCUCCCCCCGCCCGGUUGGUUGAUCAGGAUUUCCCGACAGCAGCUUUUCCCCUGCCAAGGAAUUCUGGAUUGCCCCGAGCCAUGGAGGUCUGGCUGCUUUGUCUCUGGAUCCCCCUCACUCAGGCAGUGGAAGAGACCUUGCUGAACACCAGGCUGGAGACAUCGGAUCUGAAAUGGACGACGUACCCCCAAACUGAUGGCCAGUGGGAGGAGCUGAGCGGGCUGGACGAGGAGCGCCAGCACUCGGUGCGGACCUUCGAGGUGUGCGCGGUGGAGGGCCCGGGCCGGGAGGCCUGGCUCCGCAGCGGCUUCGUGCCCCGCCGGGGGGCGGCCCACGUCUACGCCGAGCUGCGCUACACCGUGGUGGAGUGUUUCUCCCUCCCGCGCCCGGCCCGCGCCUGCAAGGAGACCUUCAACGUCUUCUUCUACGAGGCCGACCGGGACCUGGCCACGGCCACCGACCCGCCCUGGCUGGAGAACCCCUGGGUCAAGGUGGACACGGUGGCGGCCGAGCACCUGACCCGCAAGCGCCCGGGGGCCGAGGCCACGGGGAAGGUCAACGUCAAGACCCUGCGGCUGGGGCCGCUGGCCAAAGCCGGCUUCUACGUGGCCUUCCAGGACCAGGGAGCCUGCAUGGCGCUCCUCGGCGUCCGGCUCUAUUUCAAAAAGUGCCCCGGAGCCGUGGCCCGGCUGGCCGCCUUCCCGGAGACGGUGCCCCGGGAGCUGGUGACGCCCGUGGCCGGCACCUGCGUGGCCGGGGCCGGGCCGGAGGGGCCCGGGCCCCUCAGCAUGUACUGCCGGGAGGACGGGCGCUGGGCCGAGCACGCGCCCGCCGGCUGCGGCUGCCUGGCCGGGCACCAAUCCGCCGAGGGGAACACGCAGUGCCGAGCCUGUGCCCCAGGCACCUUCAAGGCUACGCGGGGGGAGGGCUCCUGCCAGCCCUGCCCCCCCUACAGCCAUUCCUCCGCGCCCGGCUCUGCCAUCUGCUCCUGCCGCAACGGGUACUUCCGCGCCAGCGCCGACCCGCCCGGCUCCCCCUGCACCACAACCCCGUCGGCCCCGCGCAGCAUCGUGGCCCGGCUCAACGGCUCGGUGGUGGCGCUGGCCUGGAGCGAGCCCCUGGAGAGCGGGGGCCGGCGGGACGUGACCUACAACGUGCUCUGCUCCGAGUGCCCCGAGGGGCUGCCCUGCCGGCGCUGCGCCCGUCUGAGCUUGGCCCCCGGCGCCGUGGGGCUGGCGGAGCCGGGAGUGACGGUCCAGGGGCUGCUGCCCUACGUCACCUACACCUUCGAGAUCCAGGCCGUCAACGGGGUGUCGGACCUGAGCCCCAACCCGCCCCAGGCCGAGCUGGUCAACGUCACCACCAGCAAGGACGUGCCCCUGCCCGUCGACAGGGUCCAGGGGUCUCUCUCCCCAACUGGGAUGGUUCUGAGCUGGCCGGUGCCGCAGCCCCCCAGCGGACGUAUCCUGGACUACGAGGUGAAAUACUACGAGAAGGGCGCGGCGAGCGGGGAGUCCCCCAUGUUUGUGAAGGCAUCGGAGGCCCGGGUGACACUGGAGGGGCUGCGCCGUGGGGCGUCCUAUGGGGUGCGGGUCCGCGCCCGCUCUGAGGCCGGCUACGGGGACUUCGGGCCGGAGUUCCUCGUUCCCGUGCAGGGCAGUGAAGCGGGGGGCCGGGCGGAGCAGCUGGGGCUGAUCGUGGGGGCGGCCGCCGUGGGGGCCCUGCUGGUGCUGGCUGUGGUGGCAGUGGCUGUGAUCUGUGUCAGGAAGCACGGGGCAGGGGGCCGCGACCCUGAAUACUCGGACAAACACAGCCAGUACCUCAUUGGGCAUGGCACCAAACUCUACAUCGACCCCUUCACCUACGAGGACCCCAAUGAGGCCGUGCGGGAAUUCGCCAAAGAGAUCGACAUCUCCUACGUGAAAAUCGAGGAGGUGAUCGGAGCCGGGGAGUUCGGGGAGGUCUGCCGGGGCCGGCUGAAGGUGCCCGGGAAGAAGGAGAGCUGCGUGGCCAUCAAGACACUGAAGGGGGGGUACACGGAGCGGCAGCGCCGGGAGUUCCUCAGCGAGGCCAGCAUCAUGGGGCAGUUCGAGCACCCCAACAUAAUCCGGCUGGAGGGGGUGGUGACCAGCAGCACCCCGGUCAUGAUCCUCACCGAGUUCAUGGAGAACGGGGCACUUGACUCCUUCCUGCGGCUGAACGAGGGGCAGUUCGCGCCCAUCCAGCUGGUGGGCAUGCUGAGGGGCAUCGCCUCGGGGAUGCGCUACCUGGCCGAGAUGAGCUACGUCCACCGGGACCUGGCCGCCCGCAACAUCCUGGUCAACUGCAACCUGGUCUGCAAAGUCUCCGACUUCGGCCUCUCCCGCUUCCUGGAGGAGAACUCCUCCGACCCCACCUACACCAGCUCCCUGGGCGGGAAGAUCCCCAUUCGCUGGACGGCCCCCGAGGCCAUCGCUUUCCGCAAGUUCACCUCGGCCAGCGACGCCUGGAGCUACGGGAUCGUCAUGUGGGAGGUGAUGUCCUUCGGGGAGCGGCCCUACUGGGACAUGUCCAACCAGGACGUGAUCAACGCCAUCGAGCAGGAUUACCGCCUGCCCCCCCCGGCCGCCUGCCCCACGGCGCUGCACCAGCUCAUGCUGGAUUGCUGGCAGAAGGAACGAAGUGCCCGGCCCCGCUUCGCCCAGAUCGUCGGCUCCCUCGACAAGCUGAUCCGCAACCCGGCCACGCUGCGCAUCGUCGCCCGGGACGGCGGGGGGCCAUCCCACCCCCUCCUGGACCAGCGGGCCCCCCACUACGCCGCCUUCGGCUCGGUCCGCGACUGGCUCCAGGCCAUCAACAUGGGCUGCUACGAGGAAAACUUCACCACGGCCGGAUUCGGCUCCUUCGAGCUGCUUCGCCAGAUCUCCAGCGAGGACCUGCUCCGAAUCGGGGUGACCCUGGCCGGCCACCAGAAGAAGAUUCUCUCCAGCGUCCAGAACCUGCGAAUCCAAAACAAAACGGCCCCAUCCGGGGGGGCUGCCGGGGGCCGAUUCUGAUCCGAUUCAGGGCUUGCGUCCAGCCUGGUCCCCCAGAGCUGGGAACGAACCGGGCCCCGGGGUACCAACGGGACCCGGACUGCGCUGCAGGGGCAGGUCUCGAACCCAGAACUUGGGGGACCCCUGCCCCUCCCCCCCCAGCAGGGAGAAUGUCGGGGGGGCGUGGCCUAUUGGUGGAGGGUUCCAAGAUGGCCGCCCUGUGGCCGAGUCCCAAGAUGGCCGACAGGCCCUUCUGUCAAUGGCCACGUUGGCCGCACUUCAGGCUCCCAAGAUGGCUGCUCUUGCUUGGUUGCCGGGUAGCGCUCUGGACCCCGUCCGGUCCCAAGAUGGCUGCCCGUUGGUGGUCGGGGGGGGGGGCUCCCAAUAUGGCCACUGCUGGUUGGGGUGACCAAGAUGGCUGGUCUCCGAAGCUGGGUGAUCAAGAAUCCAAGAUGGCCACUCUGCAGUUGGUCUCCAAGAUGGCCGCCCCAGGAGCGAGAUGGCCACCCUUUCGCCAGAAGCCCACCCCCAAGCCCCGGCAUCUACUUGAAUCUCUAGGCCCCUCCCCCACCAUGGGGGGGCCUAUAAUCUUGGGGCUACCCCGCCAUGAAGCCAAAGAGUGACUGUGGACAGUGGUGAUGUCAUGGCUGCCCAGUGAUGUCAUAGACUCGGGAGGGCCAGAACCGGGGGUGAUGUCAUCCCCCAGGGACUGCCUCGUGAUGUCAUCAGGAGCAGCUGUGAUGUCACAGUCAGGAUCCAGCCGGGCGAUGUCAUCGAUCUGCAUGGGGAGUCCAGUGAUGUCAUCUUUUGGGGCCUGUGAGGUCAUCAGGCCGUGAGGUCAUAGUGGCAGGACAUUGGGGGACGCAGUGGGGGGGGCUGCUUUGUGAGGUCAUCACUGGGCGCCGGGCUUUCACCUUCAUAUUGAAGGCGAAUUUAACGGGGGAUGGGGGGAUUGUUGCGAUUCGCUGUUGAACCAAAGUUCGGGGGUGGGGGAAAAUUGGGGGGGUAAUUUCCAGGCCCCCCCGCCACAGAGCUGGGACAGUGUGUGGGGUAUCGGACUCCCACCCCCCCCCGAGCUGAUGUGGAGUUGGGGUGUCCCCCCCCAAAAUAAAGUGGGAUUUACUCAGCUUUCUAAGGAAGUGGAAUGAGGUAACACA